GUGGUAGCUAAAGCCAAAGCCUGUGCUAUUCCACACACCACCUCUACUCUCUCUCUCUCCUUUGCUGUGUGUGAUGAUUCGUUUCUAAACCCUAAUUCUCCUUGUUUGCAUUUUUUCUUCAUUGUUUUUUAAGCAAUUUUCGAGUAUUGAUCAAAUGGGUUUUCGUUCAUUUCCAAUUUUCUUAAAUAAUACUCUAAAAAAUAACUGAUCAUAUUUUUGCUUCUGCAAAUUCUGCAUUUUUUCCUCUCUUUUUUUCUUUCCUUCGGGGUUGUGUGAAGAAGUAGGGAAUCUCAUCGAUUCCUUGUGUUUCUCUUCCAUUUCCGGUCUAAAAAUACCAUCUUUAGGAGUGUAGUGUUGCAAAUUGCUGAAGGGUUUUGUGGGGUUGGUGACUUUGAUUUCCAUGGCUGCGGUUGCUGAGAUUCCCGCUGAUGCCAACAAAAUGGAUUCAAAACCUAAGGCUGAAUCUGAAUUCAGUGUCCAGAAGCUGGUUGACAUGUUCACAAAGUUGAAUCCUUCGGCGAAGGAGUUUUUUCCUUCAUCAUAUUCUCCCAAUCAUGAUCAUCGUCUUCAGGGCUUUAAUCAGCUCUCACCAACCCACUUUCUGGUCAACUCUAAGCCUUCUGCUAAUGAGAAUUUCGCAAACAAUCGAAGGAGAAGAAAUAGUUUUAACCAAGGAAGAAGGAGGGUGAGUGGAAGAUCACUAAAGGCUCAAAGAGAAGAUAGCAUUAGAAGAACAGUUUAUGUUUCUGAUAUUGAUCAGCAUGUUACUGAGGAGAGGCUUGCAGCAUUAUUCAGCAGUUGUGGACAAGUAAUUGAUUGCCGAAUUUGCGGUGACCCACAUUCAGUUCUUCGUUUUGCUUUUGUUGAGUUUGCAGAUGAGUAUGGUGCUAGAACAGCUUUAAACCUUGGUGGUACUGUACUUGGAUACUAUCCAGUGAGGGUUCUUCCUUCAAAAACUGCCAUUCUUCCUGUGAAUCCUACAUUCCUCCCUAGGUCAGAUGAUGAACGCGAAAUGUGUGCCCGAACUGUCUAUUGUACAAAUAUUGAUAAGAAGGUUUCACAAGCUGAAGUGAAGAAUUUUUUUGAAUCAGCUUGUGGUGAGGUUACGCGCCUGAGGCUUUUGGGGGAUCAUGUGCAUUCAACUCGAAUUGCUUUUGUGGAAUUUGCAAUGGCUGAAAGUGCCAUUAUUGCACUAAACUGUAGUGGGAUGCUCUUGGGAACUCAGCCUAUAAGGGUAAGUCCUUCAAAGACUCCUGUGAGGCCAAGGGUCACUCGUCCGGCAUCCCAUUAACUGAUCAACAUGGUCUAAGACUAGAGAGAGAGAGAGGAUAUGUGGUCAACUUUCCAGUUGAGACUUGUGUGGAAAGGGUGGUGAAACUUCCCUUUGUUUCAGUAUUUCCAUCUUUUUCUGUCAACAGCAGUUCCUUUUUUUUUGUCAGGGCAUAUAACUACCAUGCACUAGUUAAACUUUCCUAGCAUCCAGUCUUGAUCUUGAAACAUUUUACCGUAUCUACAUUGAAAUGGUUCAGUUUCCUGUUACUUGGAGCGAGUGUUAAUCGUACUUCAUAACUUGCUUUAAUCUUUUACAGAAUUACAGGCGUAAUUCUUAUAGUUCA